GUCCUUCUUCAACUUUGACAUAAAUAGUAGUAUAGUAUUGAGACACCACAGGUCAUCUUCACCAACGUUUUCUUUCGCUCAAAAAUGGAGAAAAUGAAAGUUGAGAUCAUAUCCACAGAAACCAUUAGGCCAUCUUCUCCAACCCCAACUCAUCUAAGAACCUACAAAAUGUCUCGUUUCGACCAGAUUUCUCCAAAGGUCUAUCUCCCAAUUAUAUUCUACUACCCCGUAAGUGAAGACCAUCUCAAUGUCAAACAAAUUUCAGCUCGGCUCAAAGAUUCUCUCUCCGAAACGUUAUCACGAUUCCACCCACUUGCCGGAAGGAUCAAAAACGAAGAUGCCUCUGUGGAUUGUAAUGAUGAAGGGGUUAUGUUUUCGGAAGCUCGGGUUAAUUGUGACUUGCUUGAGGUCCUUAGAGAUCCGAAAACUGACUUACUGAGCCAGUUUCUUCCGUGCUCAUUAGUGCCCACAGUUCCACUGGAUGCUGUACCUCAAGUAGCUGUUCAACUCAAUAUAUUUGAAUCAGGUGGAAUUGUAAUAGGAUUUUGUUCGUUUCACUUAGUCGCGGAUGGGACCUCCUGGAGUGCUUUCCUUAAAUGCUGGUCUUCCAUUGCGAGAGGAUCCUAUUCGUAUGAUGAAGAACUCAUAAGUCCAGAUUUCUCGGUCACAUCAAAGCUCUUCCCUCCUAUGGAAUCACAGAAGAGUAAUGCUUUUCUGAUCGACAACAGAUGGUUGUCCCUAGGAAGAGGCGUUCGCAGGAGAUUUGUGUUUGAUGCUGCAGCAAUAUCUGUCCUGAAAGGCAAGGCGGCAAGCCAAAUUGUGCCAGAACCGUCUCGUUUUGAAGCGGUCUCUGCCUUUGUUUGGAAAUCGGCUUUGGCUGCUUCAAGAGCGGCCUUUGGUUCCCAUAAACUACAACCAUCAAUAAUGAGCUUUCCAGCGAACAUGCGUCCACGUACGGUGCUACCACUGUCAAAAAAUCCCAUCGGAAAUUGUGCCUGGGGGGUAGUGGUGCCCUAUCCAGCAGAAGAAACAGAGCUGCAAGGUUUGGUGGGUCGAAUCAGAGCAGAAAUAGAAAAAAUCGACAAUAAUUUCGUGUUAAGCCUACAAGAUGGAGAGAAGUUUCGGGUGAUAACCAAAUCCAGAGAAGAGCCAGAAGAAAUAUAUCCCAACGCCAAACCGGAGAUGUAUGCGUUCACUAACUGGUGCAAGUUGGGUUACAAUGAAGUGGAUUUUGGGUGGGGAAAGCCGAUUUGGGUGAGUAAUAUUGGGGGCGAUUCCAACGCUUAUUAUAUUAGAAAUGUCAUCUUGAUGGAAACCAGCUGCGGGCAGGGAAUAGAAGCAUGGAUGAUGUUACACGAAAAGGUAAUGGAAAUACUGGAAAAUGAUGCCGAGUUUUCUGCAAUGGCCACGUUGAACCCAAGCAUUGCAGACCGAGCUUCAUGCCACAAAGAAUAAUCCCUUUCUGUUUCGCUUCGGAGUGUAGUGAAAAUGAUACAUAUUGGCCCGCUCUGCCAGUGUAGACACAGACUCAUUUACAUACAUGCGUGUUUUGGUCGUGAUAGAGAGAAGAAAUGGAUCACUAUUGUCAUUGUCAUGCUCACUUAUUGUAGUUUCAACUUCAUAUUGUGAUUGUGAUUGUGAUUGUGCUUUAUUAUUCUUAAUAAUUAGAAUUUUAGUUAAGUGUGAUAAUAAUGACUUCCAAUGCUAUGUAUGUAAUUGGUUGUUUGAGAUAUGUUAAACAAUGAGAUUUGUUAGUGUGUUU